AUGGUGGCCGACCCAACGCAGAGCCUCGCCGCCGCGUUUGCGACGCUCCGAGCUCUCCCGGAGCCUGACGGCGAGGCGCACGAGCGGCGCCGACGCGAGGCGGCUUUGGCGCUCGACGCCGCGCAGGCGCUGGGCGGCGUCAAGGCGGACGCUGUCGACCCAGUGCUGCUCAAGCCUCCGUGGCGUUCCGAGCGCGUGUGCGCCGCCGCGGCUCGCGCAUCCGGCCCCGGCGACGACGCGUGGGACGUCGACGCGUGCCGGAGGCGGCUGUGCGGCGUGAGGCCUCGCGCAGGGCCUCUGCUCAGUUGGCUCGACGAGAGAGCAGAGGCGCUCGAGCCUUACCGCCGGCUCUCGGAAGCGCGGCACGCGCCGUGGGCGGAGCAGUCGGUGGCGGCCACGCUCGCCGCGGUGCGAGCGGCGAGGAGCGAGCUGCAGCGGCCUCCGUACGUGCUGGUUGCGGAAGGAAGCUUGGGUGCAGAGGCGGCGGUGGCCGCCGCCGCCGGUGCAGCCGUGACGGUUUGCGAUCCGAACCGCUUCGCCGCCGCCGCCAUCGGAGAGGUCGCGGCGGCGCACGGCGUGGCGCACGCGGUGACCGUCGCGCCACAGACCCUCGAGCGACUCUGCGCCGACAUAGUGUGCGGGGUUGACCUGACUGCGCUCGACGACGCGCGCUUGAGCUGA